AACCUGCAGCGACGCCCCGGGGCGAACACAAAGGCUCCGACGGCAGCCGGCGGGGACUGCCGAGUGCGCGGACGCGGGCGCCAGAGGUCGCCGGUUCCCGGGAGCCCGCGCCAGAGGUCGCCCGUUGGCGUCCUAGCCAAGCCCGGGGCACCAUGCUGCGACGCCUACAGCCCCGGAGCGCGGGCACAAAAGGCCCAGGGGCCACGGCCGAGGCGACUUUGGAGGCCGCCUCGCGCCCCCGUCCCUCAGCCUCUGCGGACUCUCCGGCCUCCGCCAAGCCGCUGCUGCGCUGGGACGAGGUGCCCGACGACUUCGUGGAGUGCUUCAUUCUGUCGGGCUACCGGCGGCUGCCCUGCACGGUGCAGGAGUGCCUGGCCUCGGUGCUGAAGCCCACGAACGAGACGCUCAACUUCUGGACGCACUUCAUCCCCCUUCUGCUGUUCCUGAGCAAGUUCUGCCGCCUGUUCUUUCUGAGCGGCCGCGACGUGCCCUUCCACCACCCCUGGCUGCUGCCUCUGUGGUGCUACGCGUCGGGCGUGCUGCUGACCUUUGCCAUGAGCUGCACGGCGCACGUGUUCAGCUGCCUGUCGCUGCGCCUGCGAGCCGCCUUCUUCUACCUGGACUACGCGUCCAUCAGCUACUACGGCUUCGGCAGCACCGUGGCCUACUACUACUACCUGCUGCCGGGCCUCAGCUUGCUGGACGCCAGAGUGAUGACCCCCUACGUGCAGCAGCGCCUGGGCUGGCACGUGGACUGCACACGCCUCAUCGCCGCCUACCGUGCGCUCGUGCUGCCGGUGGCCUUCGUGCUGGCGGUGGCCUGCACCGUGGCCUGCUGCAAGAGCCGCACGGACUGGUGCUCUUACCCGUUCGCGUUGCGCACCUUCGUCUUCGUCAUGCCGCUCAGCAUGGCCUGCCCCAUCAUGCUUGAGAGCUGGCUCUUCGAUCUACGAGGCGAGAACCCCACGCUCUUCGUGCACUUCUACCGACGCUACUUCUGGCUGGUGGUGGCCGCCUUCUUCAACGUGAGCAAGAUCCCCGAGCGCAUCCAGCCCGGCCUCUUUGACAUCAUAGGCCACAGUCACCAGCUCUUCCACAUCUUCACGUUCCUCAGCAUCUACGACCAGGUGCACUACGUCGAGGAGGGCCUGCGGCAAUUCCUCAAGGAGCCCCCCGCCGCUCCCACCUUUUCGGGCACCGUGGGCUACAUGCUGCUGCUGGUCGUCUGUCUGGGGCUGGUCAUCAAGAAGUUCCUGAACAGCUCCGAAUCCAGCAGUGAAAAACCAUGCCACCACCUUGAGGCCUUCACUUUCCACAAACUCAGCCUUGAAGACAAAAGAUUUCUAAGAGGAUUCCAUUUUGGCCUUUUCAAACCAGCUCAGAAGCAGACAGAAGAUUUAACAGUGACCAAAUAUCCUUGUAUGGGGUUAAUUUUUUACUUUUAUUUUUUAAUUCAUUUAAUGCUGAUAAUGGAGGGAAAAGAGAAUAAAGGAUAAUGCAGGCAUAAAGGAAGAAAGAAACAUUUUUUUUUCCAUUAGUUGCUAGAUUAAUUCUUAGGCUACCCUGACUCCAGCCAUCAUACACAUCCUAAACAGCUGUAUCUAGUGAGCUAGAGGGACUUUCUCAGGAUGUGUAAACUUCCACACAGGGACUCUGAUGUGGUUUCAAAGUAUUAGUGUAUUCUGCCAAGCAUUGCUUGUUCAUAACUCCACAUUACCUGCUAAGUUAAGAAAAAGAAUCCAUAAAUUUGGUCAGUUCUGUGCAUGUAGCUGAAAAAAAAAUUGUGAUUUAUUUCUGUUCUGUAGUUUGCUAUGGUUUUGGUUGUGUGAGACAUUUGUCCAUUACAGUCUUGAAUAUAAAAUUCUGUAUAACUAUUUAUUAUUUUGGCUGAAAAACAUAUGUAUGAAAUAAGAAUAAAUUAU